GCCAGAGACCCGGGUGGCUUGGUGCUAGGGGAGCAGGGGUUGUGAAGAGACAACCCUUCCCCACCUCAUCCUGACAGAGGACCUCCAGGGCCGAGGUUCACAAAGACCUGAACGCCCAGUUCUGCAGCUUCAAUACAAGUUCGUUUUCCUGUGAAAAUCCUGGAGACCAUCACACUCUCACAAAGCUUUUCAAGUCAGUCCCUUGCCUGCGAUGGCCUGUAAAAGUGCUCAGACCUCGACAUUUUCAGGCCCUUGUUUUUCCCUGAAAAUGUUUCAGACAGUGCCCGACACCGCGUCUUACGUCAAGGUAAGACCACUCGGCCCCUUGAACCAGGAGGCACUGUCGGUGGUGAGUGACGACCAGUCCCUGUUCGAGCCGCCCUACGCCGCCGUCCCGCUGCCCAAGCCUGACAUGACCGCCUCGGGGACGCAGGACUACGGGCCGCCCCACAAGAUCAACCCCUUGACCCCGCAGCAGGACUGGAUCAACCGCGUCAAUGUCAAGAGGGAGUACGACCACCUCAACGGCUCCAGCAGGGAGUCUCCGGUAGACUGCAGUGUUGGAAAGUGCGGCAAGCUGGUUGGAGGGGCAGAAGCGACUCAGAUCAAUUACGGAAGUUACAUGGAUGAAAAAAAUGGACCACCCCCCCCCAAUAUGACCACAAACGAGAGGAGAGUUAUCGUCCCUGCCGAUCCCUCUUUGUGGUCACAGGACCAUGUCAGGCAGUGGCUGGAGUGGGCCAUCAAGGAGUACGGACUGCUGGAGAUCGACACGUCCCUUUUUCAGAGCACGGACGGGAAGGAGCUCUGCAAAAUGAGCAAGGAGGACUUUCUGAGACUCACCUCCGUGUACAACGCAGAAGUCCUGCUCUCGCAUCUGAAUUACCUCAGGGAAAGUAGCUCGUCAUUAUCAUAUAACACACCUCAUACAGACCAAUCUCCACGCCUCACAACGAAAGAAGAUCCUUCCUAUGACAGUGCGCGCAGGACAGGCUGGUCAAACAGCAUGCACAGCGGAAAGGGCUCACCAGCAGUCACACAGAAUGUGUCCAAGACCUCAGAACAGCAAAGACCACAGCCUGAUCCUUACCAGAUUUUGGGUCCGACCAGCAGUCGAUUAGCCAACCCAGGCUCCGGGCAGAUCCAGCUGUGGCAGUUCCUGCUGGAGCUCCUGUCGGACAGCGCCAACGCGGGCUGCAUCACCUGGGAGGGCACCAACGGGGAGUUCAAGAUGACCGACCCGGACGAGGUGGCCCGGCGCUGGGGGGAGAGGAAGAGCAAGCCCAACAUGAACUACGACAAGCUGAGCCGGGCCCUGCGCUACUACUACGACAAGAACAUCAUGACCAAGGUGCACGGCAAGCGCUACGCCUACAAGUUCGACUUCCACGGCAUCGCCCAGGCCCUGCAGCCCCACCCCACCGAAUCCUCCAUGUACAAGUACCCCUCUGACCUGGCCUACGUGCCCUCCUACCACGCCCACCAGCAGAAGGUGAACUUUGUCUCUCCCCACCCUCCUUCCAUGCCCGUCACCUCCUCCAACUUCUUCGGACCCCCCUCCCCUUACUGGAGCUCCCCAGCCGGAGGGAUCUAUCCCAAUCCCAGCGUUCCCCGCCAUCCCAACACCCACGUGUCCUCGCACCUCGGCAGCUACUACUAAGGACUGCCCGCCUUCUUUUCUCUCCCUUCGGACCUGCACUCCGAUUCCCGGGAAGCUCUCCUCCCGGGGAUCUUUUUUGGAACUUGUGAAAACACGUGACAGAUUUAAAAAAAAAAAAAACGACAACCAAACAAACGAUCAGAAUGAAGGCAUUGGAAAAGAGGGGGGAAAAAACUGGACCUAUGAUCCGCUUGUAAAUGGAGUACAGUACUACUUCCUUUCCUGCUGAACAGCUUCUGUUCGGUUUUGUUUGUCGAGUUUGACGCUUGUGUGUUUGUUUGUGUGUUAUUCCUGCCUCGAGAGGAAGCUGCAGUGUCGGUCAGUGGGAACAGACUUCUGCGGCGGUAUUGAGGCUGACCCUGGCAUUGAGGAAACGCAGAGGCAGUCACAGUCAGACAUGGGUCCCACUUCAGUCGGUCCUGAACCUGUCCCCUUCCAAUCACAGCAAGCUGCUUGUUCACCAGACGUCCGAAGCGUUUUGGCGCUGGGUUUUGCAGUUUCCUUUUUUCGUUCCUUCUUUCUCCUCCGCCCUUUCGUGUGCUUUGGCUUUUCUGGAGCGUGAUCUGGGAUCCCCACGGAACUCCCCCACGAAAAGAGAUCUCAGCAACGAGGGAUUUUAGCAACUGGAAAGCUCAAUGGUGUUGGCGCUUAAGUAUUCCUCCCAACUGGAAUUACCCAAAACCAAGCUCUGGCAACCUUUUUCAGGAGGUUUUUAACACAGGAGAUGGAGGCUUUGACCUAAGAUUGUGUUUUAUCUGUUGUUCCACAGCUUCGUGAUCAGAUGUUGACGAACUGGACCAGCAUAAAAUGUGAUUGCUCUGUGGGCCCUGGAGUAUCUUUUUCUUCACAGUCACAGUCCUGGAGGCUCACUUUUGGGUCUUCCAGCUCCGCUCUAGAUCUCGUAGGCGACAUUGUUCUAGAACAGUAUUUGUUGAAUGGAAUUCCAGCCCCCAUUGUGCGGAAAAGUCCUUUUUCAGCAGCUCACAAUCCAAGGAGUCUCUAGGUGGAUCCUGUCCGUAUCAGUUGCAGUUUAACAGGCCAGUUCUCUUUGUGCUGUUUUCGACAUUUCAUACAGAUUUCUUUUUCGGAAAAGGGUUUGAAAUUCUUCAUACCGGAGAGGGCAUCACUAUUUGUAACAAGAGAGAUUUUAUGAGAAUGACUUCAGAGGCCAAGGGCAGACUUAGAGCCAAGAACUUUUGAAAGUUAACAUAUGACUAAAAAGAAGCGCAAAAUCAAUGAGGAUAAAAUGGAGUCCUGAGAUUCGCGAACGCUGUGCGUUUGUCAGACCUAUUUUUUUGUUGUUUUUUUAAACAUUGGUCAACUAGCUGUUAAAGCAACUUACUGUAUAAAUUAUGCAGAGUUAUUUUCAUAUGUAACACAGUAUUGAAAGGAUCAAGAGAAAAAGAGAAACGAGUUGACCUCGGUCAAAAAUGCAAUUUUUUUUUACUAUCAGACAAAAUAAGAAAUCAGUUUCUGAUUUGUAAUUUGUACAUCUUUUAUUGUGUGUUUUGUGUCUGUACAUUUGGGCAAUAACCUUUGCUGAUUUUUAUAGAAAAUACAGGUUGAAUUACUCCAAAGUGCCUUACUUAGGCACACAAAUAUACAUUCCUAGCUACCGUUGUUACUUGCCUUCCCAACCAAAAAGUGCCUGAAUGAGCCAUAAUCCUGGAUUCUUUGACAAUCACGGAUCCUUUGGAACGUUCCCGUGUCUCAUCGGUUAUUGUAAAGGGAGUUCCCUUCCUACUGCUGAUUAAAAGCGAUCAGCCUUCCUGAGCAACUGGCAGUCUUUGCACUGGUUUCCACUGAGAGGAAUUGAGUAAAGGGUACCACAUGUUAUGCUUGGGCAACAGCACUGGUUUUCAAUGUUGCAAUGACCUUAAAGCAAUUUCAAUUUGGGGCAAGUCUUGAUGCUUCAAAAGAAGAGACUUAUGUAGCAUUAUAGCAAUAAAUAAACUUUCACAUCCCCUCCUCUCCACCCCUGACUGAAAGGGGGGUUUUGCUACUUAUAUAUGCAAUGUACUUUUUGGAUAUUAAAUAUAUAUAAUUUUGCAAGUAAUCUUUUUUUUUUAUAUUGUUUUGUUCCUGCAUUGUAUGACGUAUUAAGCCGAAUGUUUGUAAAAGGGCUGUUUUAUAGUGGGGCAAAUGUGACAAAAUAAAUGUUUUUUUCCUUCUAAAA